AUCUAAAUUACUCAUAUGCUAUAUUGAACACAUUAUGUCUAUAAUAUCAGACGCCAUUUUUCUGUCGUUUAUUUGCUUACUUUUAAAUAACUUCGAGCCCACAAAUGCAAAAUCUUUUCCUAUCUGGCCAAAGAAUGUAUCAUACCGUGUAGAAUUCGAAAAAAUUACCUGGCCUCUAUCAAUACCGGUUGAUGUAACAAUUAUUCGUAGUCUUAAUAAAACGGACUUUUAUUAUUCGGUUUACGAUCAAUUAAAUAUGUACUAUAGCUUGGGUAACAGCUCAUUCUUUAUAUAUCCUAGAGUCAAUAAAAGAAUAUGUGAUAAAAAACUUGAACCGUUUUUUGGAAUGGUAGAUUAUUUGCCAGAUACUUCUCUUGAUUGGAAUCAUAUUAUGGAAAAAGAUGGCCUUGAUUACUGGUCUUCAACUACAGCUUCUCUUUACAAUCAUCUUACCAAAACCACGAUACUCAUAUCUAGAGCAAGUGAUAAUACUCCAGUUCUUCUUCAAUCUAGUUCAGGAUAUCCUUUUAAUGUUCACUAUUUUUUUCCUAUUAGGAUAUCGUAUUCUAACUUCAAAACUGAUAACUUAACUAUUAUUGGACCGCCUAACAUUUGUAACUCAAUACCGACGCUUGGGGCAAAACCAGAAUAUCCUCAUAUUACUUUCUUGCUAAAAGAAUUAGGUGGAAUGAUAAACGGAAUAUCUUACGAAGAUGUGACAUAUCACUAUGAGUUUUCUAAUUUUAUAUCAAAGCACUCAAAAUCAUAUAUAGAUAAAGAAGAAUAUAAUCUACGACUAGAAAUAUUUAAAAAAAAUCUACAAAUAAUCAAUGAACACAAUAAGAGAACAGAUACAUCUUAUUCUUUAGGUAUUACGAAAUUUGCAGAUAUGAGUGGUGAAGAACUUAGAAUUCUAUAUAGCAAUUAUGGACUCGAAGAUGAAUCAGAGACCAAAAACAUGUUAAAAAAGGCAGAAAUUCACAAGAGAAGUAUGAAGAUUCUUCCUAAGUAUUUCAACUGGAUCGAAGAGGGAGUAGUUAGUCCAAUAAAGGAUCAAGGACCGUGCGGAAGCUGUUGGGUAUUUAACUCUGUUUCAGCUUUAGAGAGCGCUUGGGCUAUAAAAACAGGAACUUUAUAUUCCCUUUCAGAACAACAAAUUAUUAAUUGCGUGCCGCUGAAUAAAUCUGCCUGUAGUGGUGGACCAUUCGCCUUAAUUUAUGAUUGGCUUCCAAAAUUUGGAACUUCCUUUGAACGUAGCUAUCCUUAUUUGGCGGUAGACGGAUAUUGUGAAUACAAAUACGAUAGUCCAGUUAAGCUUGAAAAAUAUGUUACAGUAGAAGAAAAUGCAUUUGAUAUAAUGGAUGCAUUAGUCAACCAUGGACCAUUAGUAAGUGGUAUUUGUGUUGAUAGAUUGGAGAUGUUUGUUUUAUAUAUUGGCGGGAUAUACGAUCCCAAGCUAUAUGUUGACAAUGAAAAUUGCUUUCGUCAUGCGAUUAACAUUGUUGGCUAUGGUACGGACAUUCUUCCUGACGGAAGCGAUGGACACUACUGGCUAAUGAGAAAUUCUUGGGGGCCUUAUUGGGGAAUAAAAGGCUACUUUAAAUUUGCGCGCAAUAUAGAAGAUGAUGGUUCUAUUAAACCCUAUAUACGCCAUUCUAUAUAUCCAGUGGUCAAAUAAUAGCCCGAUCUAUUAAUGGAAACCGAUAUUAUUAACAAAAUGUAAGCAUAUUAAUCCAAUUA